AUGGAGCGGAGGUUUGCUAGAUCAGAUGCACCGCUAGGAUAUAUCGCACGCCUUGCGCGACAGCGAUGGAGAUCUGGGUCUUUCCCCCGCCGCGCAGGAUCCAGCAGCGCAUCAGCGACGCCCAGCGUCCAAGCGUCCGACGAGAAACCUACUGAGAACCCAACGCCAUCACGCAGUCCAAAGCCGCUCCCGCCGCUCUCUGUAAUGCCCACGCGGAUCCUGCUUCGCUCUCUCAUGAUGACGUACAUCCUGUCGUCGCCGCGGCUGGUCGGGCUCAGUAUCCCGAUCAUGCACCGGAUCUCGUACAGCAAAUCGUGGUUCCUCAACCCGGAUCGAAAUCCUGUACUGCAUGGCAUUGUGAGACGGGUGUUCUAUGACCAUUUCUGCGCGGGAGAGAAUGAGGCGGAGGUCAAGAAGACGAUGGCGACAAUGGCGAAGAUGGGGUUCGAGGGUGUGAUUCUGGGAUAUGCGCGCGAGACACUGGUGGAGAAGAGUGCGUCCCCGAAAGAUAAUGUAGAGACGUCGGCUGCUGAUAUAGCUGAGCGGGUGGUGAAGGAGUGGAAAGAGGGGACUUUGCAAACACUAGCUAUGCUUGGCCCUGAAGACUUCCUGGCCGUGAAAUUGACGGGUGCGGGUCCAGCAGCUAUAGAGGCCAUGACGAAGAGGGAAGCUCCUCCGCCAGUGCUAGAAGCAGCCAUUACAGAAAUAUGCGACCAGGCUUCCAAGCAAGGCACGCGUCUCUGGAUCGACGCCGAGCAGCAAGUCUUCCAGCACGCAAUCGACACCUGGACCAUCGAUCUCAUGCGGAAGUAUAACCGUGACGGCCGAGUCCUGGUAUACAACACCCUCCAGGCGUACCUCAAAAGCACGCCUCAGAACAUCACCCGGCACUUGCAGCUGGCACAAAAGGAGGAUUGGAGCCUCGGCAUCAAACUCGUUCGCGGUGCGUACAUCACGAGCGAGGAGCGGGCGCUGAUCCAUGACACGAUCGAGGAUACGCACGCGUGCUACAACUCCAUUGUUCGGAACCUGCUCUCCAGGACCUUCCCCGGCGUGUCUCAAGACGUGGAGUUUCCACAUAUGCAGCUCUUCCUUGCGUCUCAUAAUGCAGAGAGUGUGAGAUCGGGAUAUGAAAUCUGGAGGGAGAGAAAUGAGAAGGGGCUGCCAACGAUCAAGUUGGAGAUCGGACAGUUGCAAGGUAUGGCGGAUGAGGUGAGCUGUGGACUUGUCCAGAUGCGGCGGGAGAUGAUGGCGGUUGGGGGCAAUGGCUCCGAGAAAGUCUGGUAUCCGAGAGCUUUCAAAUGUUUAUGUUGGGGCAAGACCCAGGAGUGCAUUCAGUUCUUGGUGAGGCGAGUCGUUGAAAAUAGGGGCUCGCUUGAUAGGACGAGGUUCUGGCUAGAUGGGUUGAAGAGGGAGUUAUGGCGGCGGAUGAAGACGUCCAUUGGGCUUGACUAA